AUGAGACAGUUGACAUAUGGCUCAGUCCGUAUCGGCCUCUAUGAAACAUUAAAAGAGCAAACGAAAGCGAAUGGCAUCCCAAACUCUGCACCCGUGCUGGGUCUACUUGCAGGAAUAUCAGGAUUUACUGGCGCAAUCUUUGGCAAUGCCUCAGACAUCGGUAAUAUCCGCAUGCAGAACGACGGCUCAUUGCCUGCCCACCUUCGGCGGAACUAUCGACAUAUUUUCGAUGCAUGGGUACAGAUCAAACGACAAGAAGGCUGGAAAGCCUUGACACAGGGAUUAUGGCCCAAUGCUUUCCGCUGCGGGAUGAUGACUAGCUGCCAGCUGGCUUCGUAUGAUAGCUUCAGGGAUCUACUAGUUGCAACUACUGGUAUCUCAAGCGAUCAUGCGGGACUGCAGUUCCUGGCCUCUUGUAUGGCAGCGCUGGUUGCUACCACCAUAUGCAGUCCAAUUGAUGUUAUCAAGACGCAGUUGAUGGGAUCCUCUGGCGCAACGGGAAUCAUUCAAGUUAUCAGGAAUCUGACCGUCUCUGAAGGGAUCAGAUGGAUAUUUCGAGGUUGGACUCCUAGCUUUGCUCGACUUGGGCCUCAAACCGUUGCGACUCUGGUUCUAUUAGAGCAGCACAAGCGUGUUUUUAGAAGUUUGAGAGAAGUGAAUAUCGACAAGAUUUCUCAAUGA